AUGGCGUCACAAUUGCUACCCCUCGAACUCAUCGACAAGUGUGUCGGAUCUCGGAUAUGGGUCAUCAUGAAGGGCGAUAAGGAGUUCAGCGGCACCCUCCUGGGCUUUGACGACUACGUCAACAUGGUGCUGGAGGACGUGACGGAAUUCGACUACACCGGAAACCACACAAAGCUUCCCAAGAUCCUGCUCAACGGCAAUAAUAUCUGCAUGUUGAUUCCAGGAGGAGAAGGGCCAGUCGGUGCCACGGCUUAA